GAAGAAGAAGUAGCUGUCAGCCCGGCUCGACCAAUGAACGAGGACUGGGCGGGAACAUCGUUCGACAGUUGUCUCUCUGUCAUAAACUGUCUUUCUGGCUUCAUCCGAGCUUGCUAACAGCAUGAGACCGAUUCUGUGGAUGUUUAUCUAACUCUCCGGGCAGCUCCGCAGCUAGAAAAACCGGACCGACCGCGUUCAGCUAGCGCUCCUCCCCGCGUCGCUCCGUGCUUACUUCCCCCGGUGUCUGGUCCGCAGUCUGACCGGGAGACGCUGCAGAGAUGUCCGGCAACGGCGGCUCGCUUGUCGACCUUCUGUCCUACGAGACACUGGUCCAUGCUGUGGCAGGUGCAAUGGGAAGUGUGACAGCCAUGACCGUCUUCUUCCCUUUGGACACGGCCAAAAGCAGACUGCAGGUGGAUGAGAAGCGAAAGUCGAACACUACCCCCAUCAUCCUGGCUGAGAUAGCAAGGGAAGAAGGCCUUCAGUCUCUGUACAGAGGCUGGUUGCCGGUCAUCUCAAGCCUGUGCUGCUCCAACUUCGUGUACUUCUACACCUUCAACACGCUGAAGAAGCUGACGGCAUCUGGUGCACUCAAGUCCAGACCCAGCAAAGACCUGCUGAUGGGCAUCGUAUCAGGUGUAGUGAACGUGCUGCUGACCACUCCCAUGUGGGUGGUCAACACUCGGCUGAAGCUGCAGGGGGCAAAGUUCAGAAACGAAGACCUCCAUCAGACUCAGUACAGGGGCAUAUUUGAUGCUUUCUCCCAGAUCAUUGCCAAUGAGGGGGUGAGAACUCUGUGGAACGGCACCCUGCCCUCGCUAAUCCUCGUCCUCAACCCGGCUGUGCAGUUCAUGAUUUAUGAGGGCAUGAAGAGAAGGGCGGGAAAAGGAGGGAAGAAGAUAUCCUCAGCAGAGAUCUUCCUCAUUGGCGCCAUUGCCAAGGCCAUCGCUACCACUGCGACAUAUCCUCUUCAGACUGUUCAGGCCAUUCUGAGGUUUGGACAGUACAAAGGUGAUGGCAAGGGCGGCGUGAUCGGAGGCAUCUCGAACAUUUUCUCUCUGCUCAUGGACAGAAUCAAGAGGUAUGGAUUUCUUGGUUUGUACAAAGGGCUGGAGGCCAAGCUGCUACAGACAGUGCUGACGGCCGCCCUCAUGUUUGUCGUGUACGAGAAAAUCACCGCUGCUACUUUCAAAGUCAUGGGCCUGCACAGGACACUGAAGCAGUGAACACCUGUCUGAAUUCAGCACUGCAUUAGAAUGGUAGUCGUCAGUAGGUUAAAGCAGUGCCCACAGAUGACAAGUCAGUGCCAGGAAAGAGAUGGGAUUGGUGCCUUUAGGGGCACAGAUUCCCACACUAACCAGAGCUGGGUGUGAUACGUGUAAUACCAGCUCUUUCUUAACCUUUAACUGGUUCCAUUUGUGCAGAACGACCUCGAUUUUCUCUGUUCAGAUGGUUUAAGAGAUCUCACUGGAGCUGAGCUUAGUUCGGGCUUCAGGGUAAAUUGAAGCAAUUUAGUGUGACAUAACCCGAGGAAGUUAUGAAAAUGCAUUUAUUCCUCUAUUUGGCCGCAUUCACAAAUUCUUCAUUGAAUGCAAAAGCUGAAGUGUAUCCAGUCUGAAUAGAAUGGAGCAAUUUGGAGGCACUCACACUGGAAGACGUCCAGUGUCAUCAGCUUUUUUAAAAGACAUUCACUUGCCUAAAACUGAAAUCAUACCUCAUCGUGAAAAAAAAAGACAUCUGCUGAGUAUUUAAAACUUGGAAGAGAGAGUUACAGCUGGCCCAGUAGGUGAGAUCAUUAAUACCACUCUUGUAACCAAACGUGGUAUUAAUCAUCUCAUUUGUGGAGUGAUGCCAUUGAUGGUUGUAAUUCAGUAGAAAGAAAGAAGUUUUGACAUGAAACUGCUUUAAUGUAUUUCUGGCAGUUCGAGCAGCACAAGCUGAGUGAUGGCUUACAUUUGAGAGAAGGCAGAUAUCUCCAAAACUCUGCAACUCACACCAAAACACAGAUAAAUAGCACCACAUUCAACUUUAUCUUGGGGUGAACUGUCUCUUUAGGUUAUACCUACUUAAGCAGCAAUGCCUUGAUGUUAAGCUAAUGGACCAUUCUUGUUAUGUUUUAACUGUGAACUUAACAAAGUUUGAUAGAAAACCUCAUGAAAUUCCUGCCAGAUAAAUGUGCUGACCUGUCAUGAUUACUCACAAAACAGAACAGAACUAACGGGAGAGAACUAAAGAGCUCCCAUUAAUGUUUAUAGAUUUGUGUGUGAAAUCUGCUUUUCAGAGCUGAUUUUGAUUUUUACAUUUAUAAUAUAUUCAGUAAAAAAGAAUGUGAUACAAAUGACUACUUAACCCUGCAUUGUAGAGAUAUAGAGAGAGUUCAAGUUACAUGUGUACAAAUACUGCAGUGGGUGCUAAGUGCCUCUGAGUUGUAUCAUGAACAAAGUGUACUAUGAACUGAUGUUGUAGCUUUAAUGACUGCUGAUGAUUUUUACACAAACACAUGAUGCACUCAUCCGCCUGCUGCCUUCAUGUCAGUCAGUACCAACCUUUUAUCACGCAGGCGUCUUCCAUCAGUUACCUCAGUGUCCUGCUCUGUGUGGGGUGUUCAGGGCUUGCAGUAACUUCCAGUAUUUGUUCAUCGCGGUGUCCUUUCUCUGUUUUCACUGCCUUUCAUCUUUAAAACCAAGUUGACUUAGUACUUUUGUGGCCAUUAAAACUGUUAAAGUGUGAGUUUUGACCAUGACAGGAUGCAGUCUGUAUUAUUUUGUAGCAUCACGUUAAGGAGAUCAAAGCCUUUUGACUGGUGCCAGUGGUGUAGAUUUAUCUUUUUAAUUUAAUGUUACCAAGUAAAUUGAUAUUUUGAGUUAAAGAAACAAAAUUUAGCUUUCACUCAUUUUUGUUUUAUGUUGUAAAAGUGAAAAACUGUCUACAGUUUGAUUUCACAUGUCAGAGGUGCACAUUAAUAACUCCUUGUCUUUGAUAAGUAGUUUCAAGUCAGGUGAAGUGUUUAUUUGCCUUCCACUCUGAGUGCAAAGCAAGUUCAGGUGUGGAACAAGGUGUUUGGGGGAGUGGGGGGUUAAUAAAAGUCUAGUGAGUCCAGAAAGAUUUAGACUGCCAGUGAAGAAAAUGCAUUAUGGCAGGAUAGCAUGUGUGGAGAAAGCUGAAAGCUUGGAACAAAGAAUUCACUGGAGGGCCAAAUGAACUUAGGACUCCAGUCAUGGUUAAUGUGAAAAGGCAGUGACACAUUUCAGCAACAGCUACUAGACUACACCACUGGUACCAUUAAUUAUGGCCUUCUUUAUAACUGUAUUUUUUAUUUUUUUUCCAAGACUUGACUUUCCUGAAAUGUGUUGUCUUUACAGUUUACAUGAAAACACUUUGUAACUGCUGAUGCAAUCUUUACUUGAAGUCAUCACUUAUUUACAUCACAAUUUUCUUAUUUUAUUUUAUUUACCUUAUUUUACACAUAUUCUUUUCUAAUUUUGUGUCGAUUAACUUGCCAAUGUUUAGGGGUUAAAAUGAUUGUUAAAACCAAUAAUAAAGUUUGACAAACACCAUG